AUGAAUUUCUCUUCUUUGUCAUCGUUGUCAACUUGGACAAUCCUAAUAACUGUGGGAUGUCUUAUGCUCCAUUCAUCUUUCUCCAGUGCUCAGCUAACUCCAACUUUCUACGACACUUCAUGCCCUGGCGUCUUCAACAUCGUAAGGAACACCAUAGUCACCGAGCUAAGAACUGAUCCUCGUAUCGCUGCGAGCAUCCUUCGACUUCACUUCCACGACUGUUUCGUUAAUGGUUGUGAUGCAUCGAUCUUGUUAGACAACACAACAUCGUUUAGAACAGAGAAAGACGCGGCGCCAAAUGCAAACUCGGCUCGUGGAUUUCCAGUGAUUGAUAGAAUGAAAACAGCAGUGGAGACUGCAUGCCCUGGGAUUGUUUCCUGUGCAGAUAUGCUUACCAUCGCAGCUCAACAAUCUGUCAAUUUGGCAGGAGGUCCUUCGUGGAGGGUUCCAUUGGGGAGACGAGACAGCUUACAAGCAUUUUUCAGUCUUGCCAAUAAUAAUCUCCCCGCUCCAUUCUUCACUCUUCCACAACUUAAGGCCAGUUUUAGAAACGUCGGUCUUGAUCGUCCUUCUGAUCUCGUUGCUCUCUCCGGUGGUCACACGUUUGGUAAGAACCAAUGCCAAUUUAUUAUGGAUAGGCUAUACAACUUUAGCAACACUGGUCUACCCGAUCCUACCCUCAACACUACUUACCUCACGACACUUCGUGGACUUUGCCCUCAAAAUGGUAACCAGAGCAUUCUGGUGGACUUCGAUCUACGUACACCAACGGUUUUCGACAACAAAUACUAUGUGAAUCUAAAAGAGCACAAAGGACUUAUCCAAAGCGAUCAAGAGCUGUUUUCGAGCCCUAAUGCCACUGACACAAUCCCCUUGGUAAGAGCAUAUGCCGAUGGCACACAAAAGUUCUUCAAUGCGUUUAUAGAGGCAAUGGAUAGGAUGGGAAACAUCACGCCUCUCACAGGAACUCAAGGACAGAUCAGGAGGAAUUGUAGGGUGGUCAACUCCAACUCGUUGCUCCAUGAUUUGGUUGAAAUUGUUGACUUUGUCAGCUCUAUGUAA